UUAUUGUGCCUCUCUCUCUAUGGUCGUGACCUUGUCUCUUGUCAAACUCCUGUCAUCUGUCAAUUUCUAAGUGCAUUUAUUAUCAAUGCGGAUUAAAUCAGUCAAACAAAUUAAUUCACGUUAUCAGCCAAUGUGACAAUGUUAGAUAUCCAAACACGUGAAAGUGCAACAUCCUGUUGACGACCCAACCAUCCACCCACUCACCAACGGCAUGCCUUGCCACAAAUAAGCCCCACUUCCUGUUCUCUCAGCAGCUUUGACCAGGAGCGGAUCAGGGUGAUGUUCGGGAUGUUUAAUGGGGCUUUUUCGCCCUCUCCGGGCUCGGGCUACAUCCCGGAGAUGGAGCAGAUUAUCAGCCAGCUGGAGAGGGGCACCCUUGUCAUGAAGUACUCGCUGAGGAAGAAGGCAGAACACAAGACGUUGGCUAUCAGGAGGGAAACGAGACAGAUUGUGUGGACAAGACCUGCGACGAAUUCGAAGCCGGUGCAUGAUGGGGCUGUUGAUCUCAGGAAAAUUAAGGAAAUUAGACUGGGGAAAAGCUCCAAGGAUUUUGAUAAGUGGGCCGAUGAUUCCAAGAAAAUCGAAAAUCUCAAGUGUUUUGUCGUUUAUUAUGGAUCGGAAUUUAAGCUGAGGGUCCUCAGUAUUGCGGCUCUAUCGGAAAAAGAGUGCGAAUUGUGGGUGAAAGGCUUGCGCUACUUGGUCAAGGAUACAAUCAACGUUCCCUACCCUCUCCAGGUGCAAGUUUGGCUCAGGCGUGAGUUCUACGCCAUGGAAAACCCCACCGAAACCAUAAAUAUUAAAGACUUGAAAGCGUUCCUACCUCGAAUCAACUACAAAAUCCCCACAAACAAACUCCGCGAAUUAUUCAACGAAGUCGAUACACGCAAACGUGCCGAAAUCGGCUUUGACGACUUCGCUGUUCUCUACCAGAAAAUCAUUUUUGACGAAAGUAACGGCGCCGAAAUUUUCGAUAAACUCGCACUGUAUUCGUCGAAUUUGAAAAGUGUGAGCUUGCAGGAAGUUCAGAGUUUUCUAGCCAAGGAACAGAACGAUGAUUUGAGUAAUGACGAUCGGGCCGUUUCGCGAUUUAUCUGUGAUUUUUUGAAAGACCCUCAAAGGGAGGUACAAGAACCUCAUUUCACAAUUAGUGAAUUUCUCGAUUAUUUAUUUUCGAAACAGAAUGAUCUGUGGGACCCUAACAAGGAUUCAGUCCAUCAGGACAUGUCAAAGCCUUUGUCACACUAUUGGAUCGCGUCUUCACAUAAUACAUAUCUAACAGGUGAUCAAUUAUCAAGUGAGUCUUCCGUUGAAGCGUACGCCCGUUGUUUGCGUAUGGGUUGUCGUUGUAUCGAACUGGAUUGUUGGGAUGGUCCAGAUGGGAUGCCGUUCAUUUAUCAUGGGCAUACGUUUACCACAAAAAUUAAAUUUAUGGAUGUGAUUAAAACGAUAAAGGAGCAUGCGUUUGCCACAUCCGAGUAUCCAGUCAUUUUAUCAAUUGAAGAUAACUGUUCGUUGCCGCAACAAAGGAAAAUGGCAACAGCAAUGCAGGAAGUCUUCGGCGAGUCUUUGCUCACCCACCCCGUGGAAAAAAACGAGAAACAACUCCCUUCCCCCUACCAACUCCGUCGUCGAAUCAUCCUCAAGCACAAAAAACUCCCCGAAGGCCAAGACGAAUCCUCCUCGAUCCUCAUCCGUCACGAAGGCAGCGAAAUGGACUUGCGCAGUUCGUUUCGUAACGGCAUCAUGUACCUGGAGGACCCCGUCGACAAGGAAUGGAAUCCCCACUUUUUCGUCCUCACCGAAAACAAGCUCUUCUACACGGACAGUUACAAGCCCGACCAGGAAUCGGAACGCAGCGAAGACGAAGACGACAGUGCUGCCGCCUUCCAUCGCUCGAAAUCGGAUGUUCCCAACGAAGAGUUGCAUUUUAGCGAGAAGUGGUUUCAUGGCAAGUUGGCGAAUGGACGCGAGGAGGCCGAGCAGCUGCUCAAAGCCUACUCGCAUUUGGGGGAUGGGACGUUUCUAGUGAGGGCAAGUGUGACGUUUGUUGGGGAGUAUUGUUUGUCGUUUUGGCGGAAUGGACAAGUGAAUCAUUGUCGGAUUAGGUCGAAGCCGGAUAAACAACACACUAGAUAUUAUCUAACCGAUGCGAAAUAUUUCGAUAGUUUGUACAGUUUGAUUACGCAUUAUAGGAAUUGUCCUCUAGUCACUGCUGAAUUUUCCAUUACUUUGCAAGAGCCGGUGCCCCAGCCGAAGAAACAUGAGACGGAAGAAUGGUAUCAUAAACAUACGGGGAAGAUGCAAGCUGAUGAAAUUUUGAGGAGGGUGAAGAUGGAAGGGGCGUUUUUGGUUAGGCCGAGUGAAAAUGAUGCCAAUUGCUACACGAUUAGUUUUAGAGCGGAUAAAAAAAUCAAACACUGUCGAAUCAAACUGGAAGGUCGUCUCUACACCAUUGGCAACGUCGAAUUCGAAAGUUUAGUCGAAUUAAUCAACUAUUACGAAAAUCACCCACUUUAUCGACGCGUCAAAUUGAGUUAUCCAAUCAGCGAGGAGGCCGUCAAAAGAAUGACUAUGGAGCAAGACGACAACGUCGGCUACAACAGUAGCCCCUCCUACAUGGACCCCAGUGCAUUUACACCCCCAAAAAUCACCGUCAAAGCCCUCUACGAUUAUCGGGCCCAACAACCCGACGAACUCUCUUUUUGUAAACAUGCAAUCAUAACAAACGUCACUAAACCAGAAAACAGUCCCGGUUGGUGGCGAGGCGAUUACGGAGGCAUGAAACAACAUUUUUUCCCAGCCAACUACGUCAUGGAAUUGGACAGAAUGGAGAGUCAAGACGGCAGUGACGACGGGUCUGGUGAAUCGAUGCUUCAAGGCCAGCUAGAUAUGAAUGGUGCCGUCGUCGAUUUGAUUCAUCAUCCGGAACGUCCAGGUCUCGAAUGGGUGGUGAAAAUUGUCACUUCGACAGCUUGCACCCCCUUAGAGGUGGCGCUACAAUCGCGAGAAAUGGCAGUGGAAUGGAUGUUGGCCAUAAAAGAGGUGGCUCAAAGAGCCUGCGCCCUCGAAAACCACCACCGCGAGAUGGAGCGCACUUUUCGUAUAGCCAAAGAAAUGUCCAAUUUGAUAAUUUACUGUCGUUCGAUCACGUUCAACAUUGAACGCGCCCGCCAACAAGGUUUCAUUUUCUACGAAAUGUCCUCGUUUCCGGAGACAAAAGCCGAAAAACUCAUGUGUCAACAAGAAAAAAAGUUUUUCGUGAAAUACCACCAGCACCAAUUCUCACGAGUUUAUCCGAAAGGUCAACGAGUCGAUUCGUCCAAUUACAAUCCGAUUAAUAUGUGGAAUAUUGGAUCACAAAUGGUCGCUUUGAAUUACCAAACUGGGGAUAAACCAAUGCAAUUAAAUCAAGCCAAAUUUAGAGAUAAUGGGAAUUGUGGCUACUUGUUGAAGCCUGAUUUUAUGUUUCGGGAUGAUUUUGAUCCAGCUGAUAGGAAUACAUUGGUGGGGGUGGAGCCCUGGAUUGUAACUUUGAGGAUAAUAGCAGCCAGGCAUUUGUUUAGGCCGAAAAAGGGAACAGCGAGUCCGUUUGUUGAGGUUGAAGUGAUUGGAGCGCCGUUUGAUUCGGGGACGAAACUAUCCACCAAACCAGUUACUGAUAACGGGUUCAACCCGCGAUGGAUGGAAGAAGUGAUCGAAUUCCCCGUCUACAACCCUUACUUUGCUCUCUUGAGGUUCGUGGUUCAGGACGAGGACGUUUUCGGCGAACCUAACUUUAUAGGGCAAGCUACUUACCCUGUAACUUGUCUCAGAACUGGUUAUCGCAGCGUUUGGCUCAAAAACGCCUACAGUGAAGACCUCGAAUUGGCCUCUCUCUUAAUCCACAUCAGUAUCAAGCGAACUUCCGUGAGUCCGUCAUAAGCAUAAGUAAAGCGAACGCUUUGAAAACAGAACAUGACAAUAUCAGACACUUGUUAAAAGACUUCCACAAUUUUUCGAUCGCCUCAUACAUAUCAUCGAGAUUAUGUACCUUCCAAGUCAUAUCAUUUUUAGGACAGAGAUGUAUUUUUUGUAUGAGAUGAAUCUAUUUUCGGAUAUGCGGCCUCGUUUUGUUUUUACGGAGGAUUAAAAACUUAGCGAAAAUGUCAAAAGAGAGGUUAUUAUUUCAUUGUUUAACAUAAAAUGAUUGCUGUUCCGUUUUAAAAAUUAAUUUAUUUGUCAAAUGCUGAUUAAAUACAAUCUAGUCGCAUGGUUGAUGACGUCACGAUCAUCAAAGCGUCUAGAAAAAGUCGAAAUGCGCUAGAAGGCUUUGCUUUUCUAAUUUGGGGUCAAUGGACUCCAAAAACCGGCAAAAAUCCACAAAUUCACUACUUUUAAACAGUUUUAACACCCGUAAUGCGUUUUUAUUGGUAUUUGAACGCAAAAACCGACUUUCCGAACGCACCUCCACCGAUAACCCAAGUGGUACUCACUCGUAAAAAUUGCGAUUUUCCUCGAGUCCGACCACUCCAAAGUGAAGCACAAACCGUCUUUUCACACUUGUGCACUAAAACUCGUACGAAUUUAGCGAAUUAACACCGUUUUUCCGAAUUUUAUUUACCGGCAAAGCGGCCAUUACGCGUUUGAUGAGCCGCCAAUUGUUUCAUUACCAACCGUACGACCAAACAUCACUAAAUGUCACCACACCUAAAAUAAAUUUACGAUGAAUUACAAUUGGAAAAAAUCGCUACAGUGUUACCCAAAAUCGAACACAAAUUGGUGAAUACUUGCAAUUUGUUAAUUUUUUGUGGACGGCCUAGGAAUUGCGCCACCUGGUGGCCGUCAUGGAACUAACAAAAAAGGGCGGGUCGUUUGAUUUGACCUGGCAUUAGCUGAUUUUUAGUCCUCCGUAUGAUGCAAAUAAUCGUCUAUUAAGCCAAAUAAUUUUAUUACAAUGUUAUUUUAGCCGCCAUUCAUUGUUACAGGCCUAGACUUAAGACUGGUGCGACAUUUUUACAUUUAUUGCAAUAAAUUAUAUCACAGCUUCCUUGAUCAAUUAAGGAAACAGUAGAGUUUGGCCAACUUGAUCAAGAAAGCUGUACAUUUUAUAUAUUAACAGUCAUCUUGUUAAAGUUAAUAAAAAUAAAACGCUUUAAAUGUU